AUGAAACUUAUAAAGUUAUAUCAUCAAUUUAACUAUAAGUCUAGGUUAGCAUCUUCCUGUCGAUUUUCAACGGUAUCCAACAAAAAGUGGCAAAGUGUAGUCGGAUUAGAAGUGCACGCACAGUUAAAUACAGAAACAAAACUCUUUUCUGGAGCUCAAAAUGUUUUCGGUGGUGUAGUGAAUAAUUGUGUGUCGCUAUUUGAUGCAGCUAUACCAGGAACAUUACCUGUACUUAACAGAAAAUGUGUAGAAUUAGGUAUAAUGACUGCAUUAGCACUAUCGUGUAAAGUGAAUGAAGUGUCGACUUUCGAUAGGAAACAUUAUUUUUACGCCGAUUUGCCGGCUGGUUACCAAAUAACACAGCAAAAAGCCCCAUUAGCCAGUGAUGGAAGUAUAGAUUUUCAGGUGUUUACGCCAGGUGUACACAAAAAGCCUUACAGAAAAAGAUCGAAGAUAAAGCAGAUACAGUUAGAGCAGGACAGUGGCAAGUCUCUACAUGAUGCCGAACUUAAGCGCAGUUUGGUGGACCUUAACAGAGCAGGAGCACCACUUAUGGAACUUGUUUUUGAACCAGACUUAGAGGACGGCGAGGAAGCAGCAGCAUUGGUUAAAGAGCUUGUGCUGAUUGUGCAAAGGCUCGGUGCCUGUACAGGACGUAUGGAGGAAGGUGCUCUAAGAGUUGAUGCUAAUGUAUCGCUCAGACGUCCUGGAGAUCCAUUGUCAACCAGAACUGAGAUAAAGAACAUCGGGUCGGUUCGUGGCGUGGCAGGUGCGAUUCGGCAUGAAAUAGAACGACAACGAGCAAUACUAAAUAACGGAGGGCGCAUUAUAAAUGAGACGCGAGCCUGGGAUGCGACCGCGAGAGUCACUAUACCAAUGAGGGACAAAGAGGUCGUGCAGGAUUAUCGGUACAUGCCCGAACCAAAUCUUCCACCACUACGCGUAAAUCUGACGACAAAAGACGACCACAACGACAUCUUAAGUGUACUUUUGAUACAAGACAAACUGCCAGUAUUGCCAGAAGAGUCUAGAAAACAACUUAUACAAGAAUUUCAACUGCGACCUGAAACCGCAAUACAAUUGGUCAACGAACCAGUCCUUUUAGAAUACUUUCAAAAGUUAACCACAGAUAAUAAAAGAUCAGCGAACAAAGUGGCCAACCUGCUCAUAAAUGAUUUAUUAACUGUACUUAACAAAAGGAAACUAGUUGUAGAUGACUGCCCUAUCACUGUUAAGCAACUUAAAGAAUUGACUGACAUGCAUCUCAGUAAAGACAUUACUUUAGAUGUUUGUAGAAAAGUUUUAGAUGAAUUAAUCGCCUUAUCUGAUAGCGAUAUUUCACCUUUGAAAGUUGUACAAGAAAAAGGUUGGAUACUUACAGGUAACGAGGAUGACAUAAAAAAACUGUGCGUCGAGGUCUUAGAGAAUAAUCCGAAAUUGGUGAAACAAUAUAAAGAAGGACAACCGGAUAUCACGACAACAGUUAGCAAAGGGGUGAACAGUUUGGGCUUUAAAGUAGUUUACGGCGACGAAGACUUAUCUAUUCUCAACGAAGUUGUUCAACAAGAAGAAAAGAAAAACAGCAAGAAAGUUAAUUUAAACGAAGCAAUAAACCCUCUGCCACCGCAAGACGUCAAAUGUCUUAUGUCCGUUGAUCGAUAUUGUUCUAAAGAGAUGGGUGAAUUGAAAAGUGUUCUGAUACAAGCAGUUAAAGAGGACUGUGAAAAAUGUUCAGUAGAAGAUAAAGAACGAGCGGGUAGGCUGAUAGCUUCACUAAUGGCCCACGAUCCUGUUGCCUGGAAGCUAUUCCUCACCAGAUCUGCUCUUCAAAGAAAGAAAAGAGAAGCACGUCCUCCAAUUCAAGAGCUUAAGUUCAAAAUUAUAGGAAAAGGAGAAGAAGUAAUACGUUCUUCUAAGAAUAUUUAUACAAUGCCAGGCAUUAAAGUUAGAGUCAGGAGGUACGCAACUGAAUUGAUACCUUAA